CAGUCCAGGAUUUGGCUCCACCUCUGGAAAAAAGCAGCCUAGCUACUGACAGAAGAGUUGCGAGCAGUGGAGGGAGAGGCAGCUCAGAACUCAACUCCUAAACACAGUUCAAUGACCACUUGCUUUGGGCCAGGAGCAGUUGCGCUUUUCCGCUGUGGCGAACAGAAAGAGGUGCCUGCUUAGGAGUUUCUUGAAGCGGCCAGCAUCACCAUCACCUUAACGGUGUCCGAACUUCUGGAAGAAAAGAGGGAGCAGGACAAGAACGCUCCCUUCCCCAAUCCCCAUCCCCCCAGCCUUGAAAUGACUUGUUAAUCGGCCGAGAUCCUACUGAAGGGGACUUUACUGGAGUGAAAUUACUUGGAAUUUAGAUUUGGAAAAGAGUUACUUGACCACUCUCCCCCUUCCCCCUCCCCCCUCCCCCUGUUUUCUUCUCCCCUCUCCCCCUUCCCCUUUUUUCCUGCCUUUGGAAAUGAGCAAAGUGAAUUUGUAUCCCAGAAAGUGGUAACCUCUCAUAUUGCACCGAAAGAGUGAGUGAAGAACACAUGUAGUAAUGACAAAGGAUUGCGAAGGAAAGAGUGGACCGCGUUGCCCAGAAAGAUCCCCUAUAUAAUGGAUUACUAAAUGGGAUACUACAUCAGCUAGUUCCGUGCUCUGGCUGCCUAUACAUGCACCGAAAAGGGUGAAGUAAAGAAAUAAAGUCUCCCCACUGAACUACUAUGAGGUCAGAAGCCUUGCUGCUAUAUUUCACACUGCUACACUUUGCUGGGGCUGGUUUCCCAGAAGAUUCUGAGCCAAUCAGUAUUUCACAUGGCAACUAUACAAAACAGUAUCCGGUGUUUGUGGGCCACAAGCCAGGACGGAACGCCACACAAAGGCACAGACUGGACAUCCAGAUGAUUGUGAUAAUGAAUAGAACCCUCUACAUUGCUGCCAGGGACCAUAUUUAUUCUGUUGACAUAGACACAUCAAACACAGAAGAAAUUUAUUGUAGUAAAAAACUGACAUGGAAAUCUAGACAGGCUGAUGUAGACACAUGCAGAAUGAAGGGAAAACAUAAGGAUGAAUGUCACAAUUUUAUUAAAGUUCUUCUAAAGAAAAAUGAUGAUACACUAUUUGUCUGCGGAACCAAUGCCUUCAACCCUUCUUGCAGAAACUAUAAGAUGGAUACCCUCGACUCCCUUGGUGAUGAGUUCAGUGGAAUGGCCAGGUGCCCCUACGAUGCCAAGCAUGCCAAUGUUGCUCUGUUCGCAGAUGGAAAACUAUAUUCUGCCACAGUGACUGACUUCCUUGCAAUAGAUGCAGUCAUCUAUAGGAGCCUUGGAGACAGCCCAACCCUGAGGACAGUCAAACAUGACUCAAAAUGGUUGAAAGAACCAUAUUUUGUACAAGCAGUGGAUUAUGGUGACUAUAUCUACUUCUUCUUUAGGGAAAUUGCAGUGGAAUACAACAGCAUGGGAAAGGUAGUUUUUCCAAGAGUCGCUCAGGUUUGCAAGAAUGACAUGGGAGGAUCACAAAGAGUUCUGGAAAAACAGUGGACUUCCUUUCUCAAGGCUCGUUUGAACUGCUCAGUUCCUGGUGAUUCGCAUUUUUAUUUCAACAUACUGCAGGCAGUUACAGAUGUUAUCCAUAUUAAUGGCCGUGAUGUUGUCCUAGCAACCUUCUCCACACCUUAUAACAGCAUCCCUGGGUCUGCAGUCUGUGCCUAUGACAUGGUUGAUAUUGCCAAUGUUUUCACUGGGAGGUUCAAAGAACAGAAAUCUCCAGAUUCCACGUGGACACCAGUUCCUGAUGAGCGGGUUCCCAAGCCCAGACCAGGUUGCUGUGCUGGUUCAGCAUCAUUAGAAAAAUAUGGAAGCUCCAAUGAGUUUCCUGAUGAUACAUUAAACUUCAUUAAGACACAUCCUCUUAUGGAUGAAGCAGUACCUUCAAUUAUCAAUAGGCCAUGGUUUUUGAGAACGAUGGUCAGAUACCGCCUGACCAAAAUUGCUGUAGAUACUGCUGCUGGGCCACAUCAGAACCACACUGUGGUUUUCCUGGGAUCAGAGAAAGGAAUCAUCUUGAAGUUCUUGGCUAGGACAGGAAACAAUGGUUUCCUAAAUGAUAGCCUUUUCCUGGAGGAGAUGAACAUUUACAACCCUGAAAAGUGCAGUUAUGAUGGGAUAGAAGACAAGAGGAUUAUGGGCAUGCAGCUGGACAAAGCAAGUAGUUCUCUAUAUGUUGCCUUCUCUACUUGUGUGAUAAAGGUUCCUCUUGGCAGGUGUGAACGCCAUGGAAAGUGCAAAAAGACCUGUAUUGCCUCCAGAGAUCCAUACUGUGGGUGGGUAAAGGAAGGAAGUUCAUGUACACAUCUGUCACCCCAUACCAAACUGGCAUUUGAACAGGACAUAGAACACGGCAAUACAGAUGGCCUGGGUGACUGCCAAAAUUCCUUUGUGGCACUGAAUGACAUUUCAACUCCUCCACCAGAUCAUGAAAUGUCUUACCACACAGUGCAUGGGCACUCCAGUUCCCUCUUUCCCAGCACGACCACUUCAGAUACGACGGGUCAAGAGGGUUAUGAGUCUGGGGGACACAUGCAGGAUUGGAAGGAUCUGCUUGACUCAUCUGACAGCACAGAUCCCUUUGGGGCAGUUUCAUCCCAUAAUCACCAAGACAAGAAGGGUGUGAUUCGGGAAAGUUACCUCAAAGGCCACGAUCAGCUUGUUCCAGUCACCCUCUUGGCCAUUGCAGUCAUCUUGGCUUUUGUCAUGGGGGCCGUCUUCUCGGGCAUCAUCGUCUAUUGCAUUUGUGAUCAUCGUCGCAAGGAUGUGUCAGUCACACAGAGGAAGGAGAAAGAGCUGACGCACUCACGCCGGGGUUCCAUGAGCAGUGUGACCAAGCUCAGCGGCCUCUUUGGGGACACACAGUCUAAGGACCCUAAGCCAGAAGCCAUCCUCACCCCCCUGAUGCACAAUGGCAAACUUGCCACACCCAGCAAUACGGCCAAGAUACUCAUCAAGGCCGACCAGCACCACCUAGACCUGGCAGCUCUGCCUACUCCAGAGUCUACCCCAACUCUGCAGCAGAAACGGAAGCCCAGUCGAGGGAGCCGGGAGUGGGAGAGGAAUCAAAACCUCAUUAAUGCCUGUACAAAGGACAUGGCCCCAAUGUCCUCCCCUGUGAUUCCCACUGAACUUCCCCUCCGGGCUUCCCCAAGCCACAUCCCCAGUGUUGUGGUCCUGCCCAUCACUCAGCAGGGCUAUCAGCACGAGUACGUGGACCAGCCGAAAAUGAGUGACGUGACACAGAUGUCCCUGGAAGACCAGGCAGCCACCCUUGAGUACAAGACCAUCAAGGAGCAUCUUAGCAGCAAGAGCCCCAACCAUGGGGUAAAUCUGGUCGAGAACCUGGAUAGCCUGCCUCCAAAGGUCCCCCAGAGGGAGGCCUCCCUGGGGCCCCCAGGGUCCUCGCUGUCUCAGAAUGGCCUGGGCAAACGACUGGAAAUGCAUCCCUCCUCCUACGGUGUGGACUAUAAAAGGAGCUAUCCCACAAACUCUCUAACAAGGAGCCACCAAGCAGCCACCCUCAAAAGAAACAAUACUAACUCUUCUAAUUCCUCCCACCUUUCUAGAAAUCAGAGCUUCAGCAGGGGAGACAACCCACCCCCUGCCCCUCAGAGGGUGGACUCCAUACAGGUGCAUGGUGCCCCGCCCACCCAGGCAGUGACUGUUUCAAGGCAACCCAGCCUCAAUCCAUACAACUCACUGACACGGUCGGGGCUGAAGCGCACACCCUCACUAAAACCAGAUGUACCUCCCAAACCUUCUUUUGCCCCCCUUUCCACAUCCAUGAAACCUAAUGACGCAUGUACAUAAUCCCAGUGGGAGGGGGACAGGUGGUAAACCAACAGUGAAGCGAAAUUGGCCCCUCUCAGCCAAUGUUCUAAACUGCCUCAUCAGUUCCAAUCUUACAAAGAAGGCUGCAGUGUUGCUGAGGACACAGUCCUUUCCUUUGGGAUAAAGUGGAAUACUUUCUGAAAUUGGGCCAUGUGUUUCGAUGAAGGUUUACAACCACAGGACUCAUCCCUCAUCCUCCCCUGCCUUUUCCACUUGAUAACAGCUCUGAUUCACAAAAAAGACUUAACAUCACAAACAUGAGCCAAAAGCACAUACACACACACACACACACACACACACACACACACACACACACACACUCACACUCACACACAGGUGAACAGUGACUGCAACAUUUCGCCCAUGACUGCAUUGGACGUUGCUGGACUGGCCUAGCAUUCUGUCCUUUGCAACAGAAGUCCAUAAAAAGAAAUGAAAGGAAAAAAAAAAGAUAAAAAAAAGUAAAGAAUUCAUUGAUAAAUCUAACUCAGACUUUAACAAUGGCAGAAGUUUACUAUGUGCAGAUACUGUGAAAUGCCCAUCAGUGUUACAGCCUCCUGUUCAUUGCCAUGUUGGGCUACUAUGUCAUAGAAUUCUGCUACUCUUCUCUUUUAAUGAAUAACGUGACCGUUAACGCAAAUAACUCCUAUUAUUUAUUGUUCACCUUUUCUUUUCUUAAAGAGAUGACUUUUUUCACAUAUCCUAAGAACAGCUCUUCAGAAAGCCCAUUGAAAGUUAUACGAUUUUAACAUGAAUUCCAUUAACUGGAGUAAUUAAGUUCACUUUAUUUUUCCAAUAAAUUCACUGAGCAAAUAAGUUGGAGCUUGAAUUCUAAACUUUUUGUUUGGACUGUCUGAUCUUAGCUAAAAGGAAAAAAAAUUAAGAGGGGAAUAUUUAUUUAAAUCCAUCAGUUACUUUUCUGGCUGGGUCUCUGACCUGUGACAUGCACACACACAAAAAACAAAGAGAAAAUGAAAUGCCCCUAGAUCUAAAGCAACUGCAAGAAACUUAGAAUGCACAUAAGUGCAACAUUGCAGCCAACUAGGCUGUGUCAAUCGAUAAUACUUUCUGUGAAGGCACCAGCUUGUGAUGUGCCCUCUCAUUUCACCUUGCAUGUGAGAUGGCAAACGAAAUGCACAAAUGGUGUAAACUCAUUAAUAUGCUGGCUGUUACCAUGCAUAAAUUAAUGGUUUGAUCACACGGGUUUUUUCGUGGGAUUACAUCUGUGAAUAGCCUGUUUUCUUCCACAUGUAAAUUUGUGCCUUACACCCUCAGUUGUGUAUACUUGUGAGCUAUAGUAUGUUCAACUUUUUUUCCCCUUUUGGAAAAAAAAAUAUCAGAUAUUUAUUUUCCUCCCCUCCCCUAAGACCCUCUAGAAAAUUGAAGUCAAGCAGUUUUGAAGAAGAAUGUCAUGGUUAUCAUAAUAAUUUCACAUCCCUUGAGAAACUAGGGCAGUACCACACCCUCUAAUUCAAAUUACCUUUCUAGUUGUGCCAAUUCAAACCACCCUUAAGCUGUGCUGCCAGCAUGGACCCCAGUGUUGUGGGUGGCAUUAUCCUUUCUUCCUGCACAUCUCCUUCUUCCACCUUAUAUUUUCAUAUCAUUUCAAUAUGGUGAUAUUCUCAGCCAGCAGAGAAGAAACUAAAGUAAUCAUCAUCAUUUCUGGCAUGUACACAAGCCGUGUGCACACUUGGGCAUUUGGGCUGAUGCCUGAGAGGAGUCCCCAGUCAUUUGCCCAGUGAACACACACAAUGUACACAAUGAAAUGAGGUGGAAAUUCAUUUGGGCAGGCUGGUCCCUGCUGUGAUUAAUAAAUAACCUGGAGUACAAGGCCAACCACAAUGGAUGAUGCAAAAGCCUUUCGAGGCAAAGGAUUUUUUUUUAUUUAGUUUUUUGUUUCCUUGUGGGGUUUUUUUAGGGGGGGGUUGUGUGUCAGUUUCUUUCUCAGUUUUCAUUUGUCCAUGCACACAGGUUUUUUUGCUUAAUAUGUCAAUAAAAGUGAAAAAAAAACUGUGUCUACAUACUGUAGAAAGUGAA